AUGGGACAGUACGUCAUCCCCAUAUCUAAGAAGCAGGUAUGGAGGUUUCAAUUUCACGUCAUUAGAGAACUUGCUCCUGAACUGAGCAGGGUAGUUCAGUCCUCACAGAUCAGAAACAUCUCCCUCCUGACCAGAGUGACUGAGGAUGGAUCUUGUCAAGAGGAGCGUCAAGACGUCAUACUGCAGUGGGCUGAGGAACUGAAUCACUCACCACAGACUGGACAGAUACCAUCUGGGAAAUUCACAAGAGACAGGAGAAAUGAGGAACCUCUAGAUCAACAGGGACCAGACAAGGAAGAGAAACUGAAGGAAGCCAGAAAAGCACUGUCUAACUGGGCCUGGACACUUAAGGGCAUGGAACAGAACUCAGUGUGUCCAGGAGAGGAUGUGUGUUCAGUCCUGGAGGAUCUGGAGACACAGUGGAAGAGAGGGAAACUACCCAGCAUGCUCCCUGUUAUGGACUUUAUCAUCUGUAGCAUGCUACAGGAACAGCGCCAGGAGGGCUCCAUUGCAAAGCAGUGGUUCAGAAGCAGAGUGACUCUGAAUCACAUUCCUGACUCGGUUUGGAAAUGGAUUUCGAAAGCAUCAGAUAAGAUCACAAUGGAUGAAAAAACAGCCAACCCAAGUCUCCUACUGUCCCCUGACAGGAAAAGAGUGAAAAUGGCCACCAUCAUUGAGAGUGUCUACAAUCCCUGGGAUUACUACGAAAUGACUCCCAAAAUGUACAAUGGUUGGUGGUGUGUACUGGGGACAAAAGGUUUUAACUCAGGAAGGCAUUACUGGGAGGUGGGGGUCAGGGGCAAGGCAGAGUGGAGGAUAGGGGUGGUUAGAGAGUCAGCACCACGACAAGGCUUUUUUGACCUGAGUCCACAGAGAGGUUACUGGACUCUGCGUCUGCAGCUUGGACAACUCAUGGCUGUAACUGCACCAAUCACUAAACUGAACCAGGCUGUACCUUCAAAGGUUGGGGUCUCUCUGGAUAUAGAGGAGGGACAGGUCUCCUUCUAUGAUGCAGCGAAAAGGCGGCAUAUUUACACUUUUGAUGUCGACUUUGAUCAAUCUGAAAAGAUUUACCCCCUUUUUCACACCAUUGAGACAGACAGAGAGCUGGUUAUUCUGUAGUUUCAUCUUCCUAGAGUUAUGGUCACUCUGCCAGAGUUCCAGAGGUCCUCUGUGGAGAAGAGAGAACCUUCUAGAAGGUUAUGUAUAUAUAUAGUAAAUAUGCACAUACAGUUGGUUAAAGGGUUACAUAGAGCUCACCACCACCCACUUUAUUGUACGUCUUUCUAGCAACUGAAAUUCUUUUAUUUUCAGCUCGCAUUGAAUAAAAAUUAUUUAACAGUGA